AUGCGACAGUGCGCUUACAAAGGAUUCGGCGAGCUCUCGAGAAAGAGCCAUUGGUACUCUUCAGCUGUCCGAACCGGUGAUUUCAUCCACUGUGCUGGCCAAGGUGGCUACCUUAACGAGUCAGGUACACAGCCGAACACCAUCGUUGAGCAGAUCGACCAGGCCUUCAUCAAUAACGAUACCGCUCUAGAGGAUGCAGGCAGCAAGGGCUGGUCCCAGGUUUACCGCGUGAAUUCUUUCCACAUCUCUUUGGACGCCGUGAGCCAGGAUGCGAUGGCUCGAAACUUCCGGAAGUGGAUGCCAGAUAACCAUCCCACGUGGACAUGUGUACAGGUCGGUCGUCUGGGGGGUGAGAAUAUGUGGGUUAAAAUUGAGGUUUCAGCUUAUGAUCCAGAGGGGGCGAAGGAAACGGGCACAAGCCCGGUUUGUCAGGCCUAG